AUGGGCUGCAGACAUGGGCUGAAAGACAAGGACGAAAACACAGCGAUGCAUUUAGCUGCGAAACACGGCCAAAGCGACGCCCUAAACAAACUGGUGGAGAUGGGCCUGGACGUGGACGAAGUGAAUAUAGAUGGAUUGACGGCUCUGCACUUCGCGGCUGAAGGAGGACACACUCUCUGUGUGAGGUUCCUCAUCGAGUCUGACUGCAACAUCAACGCUCUCACCAAGAGACACAGGACGGCGCUGCACUUUGCGGCGGAGCGCGGCUGUGAGAGAGAGGCGUGUCUUCUGAUCGACGCAGGAAUCGACUGUGAUGCUGUGGACAAUCAAAGCAACAGUGCCCUCCACCUGGCUGUGUCCAACAAUCACACUGAAGUGGCCCGGGUCCUGGUCGAUGCCGGGUGCAACUUGGACCUCACCGAUAAUAGACAGCAGACGCCGCUGCACAUCGCGGCUGAACUGGGAUCCCAGGACUUGGCUGAAAUGAUGCUGAUUUCUGGAGUCAACCUAAAUUUAACCGACAAACAGGGAAUGUCGUGUGCAGAUGUGGCGUCCAGAGGGAACCAUGUGGUCCUGGUCGACAUGAUCAUCAAAGCAGAUCGCUUUUACAAAUGGGAAAAGGAGCACAGCUCGGAGCCAGACUCGUGCCUGUGUCGCCCUCUCAGCUUCAGACCGGACCGGAGCUCGGACACGCAACACAUCCGCUCUGUGCUGUGGACGUUAGCCACACGGCGUCUGUGCAGAGGGGAGUGGCUUCUGUUGGCUCAGCUCUGGGGCUUCACCGACGCUCACCUGAGGAACAUCCAGCACCAGUGGACAGGCAUGCAGAGCUAUAAGGAGCAUGGCCACAGGAUGCUGCUGAUCUGGCUUCAUGGUGCACUGAUGAAGAGAGAGAACCCCGUCAAAGGCCUUUAUGAGGGACUGGUGGGGAUUCACAGGAAGGAUCUAGCAGAAUCCGUGCGACAAAAGGCGAACGCGGACUCUCCCAAAAAAUGCAUCGCUAUGUGA